GGCCGGCAAUGUUAGGACCCGCAGCUGAACUGCCUUCAAUCCGUAAUCCUUUGAGUAAAGAAUACGGUGCCCCGUAUAGAGAAAGGGAAAACUUAAAAAGAAAACAAUUUUAUUCAUUCGGAGGGAGGAAUCAAGGAAGAUUGCUCGUAAUCUCGUCCAGGAUUGGGUUGGAGCAGGCUCUCUACGGGAGCUAGCUAGCUGGCUGCUAGCAAGGAAAAUAAAAUUGUUAGCUAGCUAGCUUGCUAGCUACAAGAAAAAAAGGACCUCAAAAGUCGGAUCCAGACGGGAAAGCAGCCUGGCAACUAACUGGAUCAAGGUGAACCACUCUAAAUAGGAGACCUGUAUACAGUGGUUGUGACACUUCAUCAGAAGCGGCCUGGGUUGACUGACUCUGAAGACUUCAUUGCCGAGGCUUGGAAAUGGAUGGACGCAGUGAAGACGAAAGUGUGAGCAACAGCAGUGCAGAAUCAAGUAACUCAGACGAUGAGUCUGGAUCCGGGUCGGGCUCCGGAUCCGGGUCAGGAUCCAGCUCCAGCAGCAACAGCAACAGCAGCAGCAGCAGCCAAUCGGGGAGCAGCGACUCAGGAAGCGGCUCUGACUCCGGCAGCCAAUCGGAUUCAGACUCAGAGAAGUCCAAGGAGAAGAACCAGCCGGAGAACAAACCCCCGAAGAUCGAUGGGGCGGAGUUCUGGAAAUCGAACCCCAGCAUUCUGGCUGUGCAGCGAUCAGCCAUGCUCAGGAAACAGCAGCUCCAGCAGCAGCAGCAGCAGCAGCAACAGCAGCAAAAACAACAGCAGAGCUCCUCCAACAGCGGUUCAGACGAGGACUCAUCCAGCAGCGAUGACUCUGAUGAUGACUCGUCCAGUCAGUCAAAGAGGAAGAGAAAGCAUAAGGGGUCUGGGUCUGGAUCUGAUUCCGGGUCAGGGUCCGGAUCAGGUUCCGGUUCUGGUUCCGGUUCAGAGUCAGACUCUUCUGAUGAGGCUGAGAACACGGAUGAGACCGUUUCAGACUAUGAGCCAAGUCACAAAGUGAAGAGCAGGAAGCCCCCUAACAAGGCGAACGCCAGAAACGGUAAAAAAGGCAAAGCUCCCAAAAAAAAGCCAUCGGCGUCCUCUUCGGAUGAGGACGAGGACGACUUCGACAAGAAGCUGUCGGGGCCUCGUCGGCAGGCCACCGUCAACGUGAGCUACAAGGAGGACGAGGAGAUGAAGACGGACUCGGAUGACCUGGUGGAGGUGUGCGGGGAGGACGUCCCGCAGCCUGAAGAGGAUGAGUUCGAGACUCUGGAGAAAGUGAUGGACAUGAGGAUAGGGAGGAAAGGAGCCACGGGGGGGACCACGACGGUUUACGCGGUGGAGGCGGACGGCGACCCCAACGCAAACUUCUCACCCAGCAAAGAGCAGGGAGAGCAGCAGUACCUGAUCAAGUGGAAGGGAUGGUCCCACAUCCACAACACCUGGGAGACCGAAGAGACGCUCAAGCAGCAGAACGUCAAGGGCAUGAAGAAACUGGACAACUUCAAGAAGAAGGAACAGGACAGGAAGAAAUGGCUAAAAAUGGCUUCCCCUGAGGAUGUAGAAUACUAUAACUGUCAACAGGAGCUAAUGGAUGAUCUGCAUUCACAGUAUCAAAUUGUGGAAAGAAUAAUUGCUCAUUCGAACCAGAAGUCGGCAGCGGGUUACCCGGACUACCUGUGCAAAUGGCAGGGCCUCUCCUACUCGGAAUGCAGCUGGGAGGACGGAGCUCUCAUAUCCAGGAAGUUCCAGAAGUGCAUCGACGACUACAUGAGCAGGAACCAGUCCAAGACCAUUCCUUCCCGAGACUGCAAGGUGUUAAAGCAGAGACCUAGGUUCGUGCCCAUGAAGAACCAGCCACCCUAUAUCGGCGGGGAUGGACUGGAGCUCAGAGAUUACCAGAUGGACAGCUUGAACUGGAUGGCUCAUUCUUGGUGCAAGGGAAACAGCUGCAUCCUGGCAGAUGAGAUGGGGCUGGGGAAGACCAUCCAGACCAUCUGCUUCCUCAACUACCUGUUCAGCGAACACCAGCUCUACGGGCCCUUCCUGCUGGUGGUACCCCUGUCCACCCUCACCUCCUGGCAGAGGGAGAUCCAGCUGUGGGCGCCCCAGAUGAACGUGGUGGUCUACCUGGGUGACAUCAGCAGCAGGGGCAUGAUCAGGACACAUGAAUGGAUGCACCCACAGAACAAGCGACUGAAACUCAACAUCCUGCUGACAACAUAUGAAAUUCUGCUCAAAGAUAAGUCAUUCCUGGGAAAUGUGAGCUGGGCCUUCAUCGGCGUGGACGAGGCCCACCGGCUAAAGAACGACGACUCCCUCCUGUACAAGACCAUGAUCGACUUCAAGUCCAACCACCGCCUCCUCAUCACGGGCACGCCCUUGCAGAACUCCCUCAAAGAGCUCUGGUCCCUUCUGCACUUCAUCAUGCCCGAGAAGUUCCACUCCUGGGAGAUAUUUGAGGAGGAGCAUGGGAAAGGCAGGGACUCGGGGUACACCAGCCUCCACAAGGAGCUGGAGCCCUUCCUGCUGCGCAGGGUCAAGAAGGACGUGGAGAAGUCUCUGCCUGCCAAAGUAGAGCAGAUCCUCAGGGUGGAGAUGAGCGCCAUACAGAAGCAGUACUACAAGUGGAUUUUAACCAGAAACUACAAGGCUCUCAGUAAAGGCACAAAAGGGAGCACCUCGGGCUUCCUGAACAUUAUGAUGGAGCUGAAGAAGUGCUGUAACCACUGCUACCUCAUCAAGCCACCGGAGGACAACGAGAUCUACAACAAGCAAGACGCCUUGCAGCACCUGAUCCGCAGCAGCGGGAAGCUGAUCCUGCUGGACAAGCUCCUGGUCAGGCUGAAGGAGCGAGGCCACCGCGUCCUCAUCUUCUCUCAGAUGGUCCGCAUGCUGGACAUUCUGGCCGAGUACCUGAAGAGCCGCCAGUUCCUCUUCCAGAGAUUGGAUGGCUCCAUUAAAGGAGAGAUGAGGAAGCAGGCCUUGGAUCACUUCAAUGCUGAGAACUCAGAGGAUUUCUGCUUCCUGCUGUCCACGAGAGCUGGGGGCCUAGGGAUCAACCUGGCGUCUGCGGACACAGUUGUCAUUUUCGACUCCGACUGGAACCCCCAGAACGACCUGCAGGCCCAAGCCAGAGCUCACAGGAUUGGGCAGAAGAGACAGGUGAACAUCUACCGGUUGGUGACAAAGGGGUCUGUGGAAGAAGACAUCAUAGAGAGAGCAAAAAAGAAGAUGGUGCUGGACCACCUAGUCAUCCAGAGGAUGGACACUACAGGGAAGACCGUGCUCCACACUGGCUCUGCCCCAUCCAGUUCCACCCCAUUCAACAAGGAGGAGCUGUCUGCAAUUCUGAAGUUUGGUGCUGAAGAGCUUUUCAAAGAGCAGGAAGGAGAGGAGCAGGAACCACAGGAAAUGGAUAUCGAUGAGAUCCUGAAAAGAGCUGAGACCAGGGAGAAUGACCCCGGUCCGUCCACAGUUGGAGAGGAGCUGCUCUCACAGUUUAAGGUUGCAAACUUCUCCACAAUGGACGACGAGGAAAUGGACAUAGACUCGGAUCGCAACCAGAGGAGCUGGGACGACAUCAUCCCCGAGGAGCAGAGGAGGAGGUUGGAGGAGGAGGAGAGGCAGAAGGAGCUGGAGGAGAUCUACCUCCUGCCCCGCAUGCGGAACUGUGCCAAACAGAUAAACUUUAACGGGAACGAAGGGAGGCGCAGCAGAAACAGGAGGUACUCUGGGUCGGACAGUGACUCUGUCUCGGACCGCAAGCGUCCCAAGAAACGAGGGAGACCGCGAACUAUCCCGCGAGAGAACAUCAAGGGCUUCAGUGAUGCAGAGAUUAGAAGAUUUAUCAAGAGCUACAAGAAGUUUGGCGGACCACUGGAAAGGCUGGACGCGAUCGCCCGGGACGCAGAGCUUGUGGAUAAGUCGGAAUACGAUCUCAAACGGCUGGCCGAAACCGUACACAACGGCUGCAUAAAAACCCUCAGAGAGAACCCCUGCGGACCAGAAAAGACCUCAGGAGGCAGGCGGGGGAAAGUGAAGGGGCCCACGUUCCGGAUUUCGGGGGUGCAGGUGAAUGCAAAGCUGGUGAUCUCUCACGAGGAGGAGCUGGCGCCGCUCCACAAGUCCAUUCCUGCCGACCCCGAGGAGAGAAAGAGGUACACGAUUCCGUGCCACUCGAAGGCGGCUCACUUCGACAUCGAAUGGGGCAAAGAGGACGACUCCAACCUGCUCAUAGGCAUCUACGAGUACGGCUACGGUAGCUGGGAGAUGAUCAAGAUGGACCCGGACCUCAACCUCACACACAAGCUCUUGCCAGAUGACCCUGAUAAGAAGCCACAGGCCAAGCAGCUGCAGACGAGAGCUGACUACCUCAUUAAAUUACUGAGCAGGGACCUGGCCAAAAAGGAGGCGCAGAGGCAAGCUGGAACGGCCAGCUCCCGAAAGAGGAAACCCAGGAACAAGAAGAACAAGGCGGUGAAGCCGGCGAAGGUGGAGGAGGUGGCAAAGAGCGACUCCUCCCCGCUUCCUUCCGACAAGAGCUCCGAGGAGGAGGAGGACGAGAAGGAGGAGGAAAAGGAGGUUGUUCCAGUGAAGACACCCAGCAGAAGAGCCAAAGCUGAAAGAGCAGUCAAAGAAGCCGAGGACGAGCCGGAGCCGGAGGUGGUCGUCAAAAAGGAACCAGAAGAAAAGAAGGAAAUAAAGGAAAAGGAGAUCAAGAAGGAGAGCAAAAAGGACAAGAAGGAGGAUAGCCGCGAUGUGAAGGAGAAGAAAGAACUGAAGGAGAAGAAGGAGUCCAAACCCUUGGAGGCAGCUCACAGGAAGGAGGAUAUCAAAGAGGAGAAGAUAACUGAGGUGAAAGUGGAGAUUCGGGAAAAGUCAAAAAAGCCCGCCGACACUCCGGUUCACAUCACCGCUAGCGGUGACAAUGUUCCCAUCUCCGAGGAGUCUGAGGAGCUCGACCAGAAGACAUUUAGUGUGUGCAAGGAGAGGAUGCGCCCGGUGAAGGCGGCCCUGAAGCAGCUGGACCGGCCAGAGAAGGGCCUGUCGGAGAGGGAGCAGCUGGAGCACACCCGGCAGUGCCUCAUCAAAAUCGGGGACCACAUCACCGAGUGUCUGAAGGAGUACUCCAACCCGGAGCAGAUCAAGCAAUGGAGGAAGAAUCUGUGGAUAUUUGUUUCAAAAUUUACUGAGUUUGAUGCAAGAAAAUUGCAUAAAUUAUAUAAGCAUGCAAUUAAGAAAAGACAGGAAAACGCUCAGGCAGCGGACCAGAACACUAGUACUGUAAAUAUUACUCCCAGCUUUAAACACACAGAUGUAGAGAGGUUAAAGGACAACUCCCACCACGACGACAGCAGCAGGGACAGCUAUAGCUCCGACAGGCACCACUCCUCACGCUACCAAGAGCACAGCAAGGACAGGCAUGCGCCCGACCCCUACAGGAAGAGUGCCGACUCCAGGAAGAGGCCGUACUCGUCCUUCAGCAACGGCAAAGACCACCGUGACCGCGAUCACUACAGAUCAGAGAGGCCAGACAGCAGAUACUACAGUGACAAGCACAGGAAGAUGGAUGACCACCGGUCCAGCCGAGACCACAGGAUGGACAGCAGUAUGAAGGACCGCUCCCACUCUGACCACCGGUCGCAUUCCGACCACCGCUCCAGCUCCGACCACCGGUCAGGCUCCGACUAUAUCCACCACAAGUCCUCCCGCGACUACCGCUACCACUCGGACUGGCAGAUGGACCACAGACCGUCCAGCAGCGGGCCCAGGUCCCCCCGAGACCAGCGCUCCCCGUACGACUCCAGGUCACCCCUGGGGCACCGGUCGCCCUUCGAAUAUUCAUCCGAUCACAAGAGCACCCCGGAGCAGAUCUGGUGCGGCCGCAAGACAUAACAGCGGCUUUGGGUACCCCGGCGAAUCCAGCAGCCAUGGACGCAACCGAACACAGUAAAUGCCUUACGGGACUUGUGAAAGCUGUACUACGCACUGUGCAACUGUAGGGGGCAGUGUGGUGUCUCCUCUCCAGGUCGCGAGGUGUAAUAACCUAGCAGCGAAGGUGGGGGAGGGAGGGGGAGGGCAGGGUGAAUUGCAUAUUUUUAUAUUUAAGAGCAGUGCUGCACUGUGCCACUGGCAUGGCGGCAUGGUUUUUUUUUUUAUUUUUAUAAAUGGAUGAAUUUUUUUACUCGGACACAAAUGACCUGAAACGCUCCCUGCGUCCCGUCACCCACAACACUGGAUCAUGGUAUUGAUUCUUAUUUCUCACCUCCUGUGUCGUUCUCAGCUAAUUUAAGUGUUUAACAGUAAGUGUAUAAUGAAAUGUGUAUCUCCACCAGUUAAAUCAUGCUUAGGAUGGAUUUAAAGGGGUUUUUUUUUUCUUUUUC